CUGAUGGAGAACAGUACAGAAGUGACACAGUUCAUCCUCCUAGGACUAACCAGUGCCCCAGAUCUACAGGUCCCCCUCUUGAUCAUGUUCACUCUCAUCUACUUCAUCAAUGUUUCUGGAAAUCUGGGCAUGGUUAUUUUGGCUCUCUGGGACUGUCGCCUCCACACUCCCAUGUACUUUUUCCUUGGUAACCUGUCUCUGGUGGACUUUUGUUAUUCUUCAGCUGUCACUCCCACAGUCAUAGCUGGGCUCCUUAUAGGAGACAAGCUCAUCUCCUACAAUGCAUGUGUUGCUCAGAUGUUCUUUUUUGUAGCCUUUGCCACUGUAGAAAAUUUCCUCUUGGCUGCAAUGGCCUAUGACUGCUACGCAGCCGUGUGUAAACCCUUGCAUUACACCACCACCAUGACAAUGAGUGUGUGUGCAUGUCUGGCCAUAGGCUGCUAUGUCUGUGGCUUCCUGAAUGCCUCCAUCCACAUCGGGGAAACAUUCAGUCUCUCUUUCUGUAAGUCCAAUGUAGUCCAUCACUUUUUCUGUGAUGUUCCAGCAGUCAUGGCUCUGUCUUGUUCUGAUAGACAUGUGAAUGAGCUGGUUCUUGUUUAUGUAGCCAGCUUCAAUGUCUCUUUUGCCCUCCUAGUUAUCCUGAUAUCCUACCUAUUCAUAUUUAUCACCAUCCUAAAGAUGCACUCAGCUGCAGGACACCAGAAGGCUUUGUCCACCUGUGUUUCUCACCUCACUGCAGUAUCCAUCUUCUAUGGGACUGUUACCUUCAUGUACUUACAACCCAGUUCCAGUCAUUCCAUGGACACAGACAAGAUGGCAUCUGUGUUCUAUACUAUGGUCAUCCCCAUGCUGAACCCUGUGGUCUACAGCCUGAGGAACAAGGAGGUGAAGAGUGCAUUCAAGAAGAUGGUUGAGAAGGCAAGGUUGUCUCUAGGAUUGUGA